AGAAAACCUGAACUUCCAAAUAUUCCCUAUCGACGUCCCAGACGUUACCGAAAAGCAGCCAUUCCUGUGAACAUAGAUCACAUACUACUCGAUGAGGCCAUCACUGAUGGCAAGAAAACUUUUAGCAAACAAUUAUCGGACGAAAAGAAACUCAUUAAAGCAGGUUUUCAUCAACACAAUGACACAAUGGAGAGCUUUCAUCAGGGUUUCUUUGGUGCACCCGAUAAACACAGGCGGGAUAUCAACAGAAACGGGUGUCUUAUUCUCGAGACAUCCAGAUCUAUGGCCAAAAAAUUGAAACUAAGUCCCGAUAAAUGUCAUGAUUAUCUCAAUGAGUAUCAUUUGGACGAGACAUCCCUUAAGGAAAAAUGCGUUACAGAACCUAAAUGUGAUCCUAAAUAUAAAUACCGAUCCAUUGAUGGCAGUUGUAAUAACCUUAGGCAUCCACUUUGGGGACGAGCAAUGAGCCAAUUGUCCCGUCUUUUGCCGCCAUAUUAUGCCGAUGGGAUCGACACAUUCAGACAAUCUAUCGAUGGUUCAGACCUUCCCGGCACUCGAGAGCUGUCAGCUUUGCUCACACAAACUGGGGACCAAGAGCACCCGAGUAUAUCAGUUUUGUUCUUACAGUUUGGACAGUUUUUAGAUCACGACAUGAGUCUCGGUCUCAAUACUAGAGGAGAGGGUCUCUCAUGUUGUAAGCGGACAGAAAAUGGACAGUUAGUUGAACACCCGGCCUGUAAGCCUAUUCUCAUUCCUCCGGAUGACUACUUUUAUAGUAAAUUCAAUCAGACGUGCCUUAAUUUUGUGAGGAGUAUACCUGCGGCUACCAGUGCCUGCACACUAGGUCCUCGAGAACAGGCCGGUGCUGUCACUCACUUCAUCGAUGGCUCACAGAUAUACGGCAGCAAUGAGGACAGGAUGAAGGCUGUCCGUGCCUUCAAAGAUGGUAUCGAUUCAUUGAUUUUGAUAUUUUUAAACCCAAAAAACAAUAUCACAAAACNAGAACAGGCCGGUGCUGUCACUCACUUCAUCGAUGGCUCACAGAUAUACGGCAGCAAUGAGGACAGGAUGAAGGCUGUCCGUGCCUUCAAAGAUGGUAAACUUAAAGUAUCCGUAAUAAAUGGCAAAGAAUUCUUGCCGUUUGACACGAAAGGGCUGUCAGUUGUUUGCAGAGCACCUGAAGGACAGCACUGUGUUUACGCCGGCGAUAUAAGAGUGAACCAACAAUUGGGUCUAAUUAUACUUCAAUUGAUAUUCUUGAGAGAGCACAACAGAAUUGCAGACAUACUUAAGUCUCUAAACCCAAGAUGGACCGAUGAUAUACUGUUUGAAGAGACCCGCAGAAUAAUCGGCGCUCAACUCCAGUGGAUUACAUACAAUGAGUUCCUACCCCUGGCUAUAGGUCGCCGUGCGAUGCAAGUGUUUGACCUGUUCCCGAGCCCCUGGGGCUACUCCAACAAAUACAAAGACUAUUAUAACCCGGGGGUUAUCAACGAGUUUGCAACGGCAGCCUUCAGAUGGCAUACAUUGGUCCGGAGUUUUUACCAUUUACUGGACUCGGAAGGGGAGUAUACAUUACACCUGCAACUCCGCAAUAUAUUCAACGACCCGUCACCUCUUUAUAAAGCCGGUGCUGUCGAUGAGGUGCUCUAUGGGACGGCAGUACAGGCUUCGCAGCAAUUCGAUAGUAUAGUCACUGAAGAACUAAAGCAUCAGUUGUUUCGGCCGCCAAACGGCUUAUUCGGUGGCGACUUAAUCGCCACUAAUAUCCAUAGGGGUAGGGAUCACGGGCUGCCUCCUUAUAACAAGGUGCGAGAGAUCUGUGGUUUACCAAGGUUAACUAGCUUUGAUGACUUGGAUCGUGCGUUUCGCAGCGGAAUCGGCAGGAAUUUUGCCAAAUUGUAUAAAAGUGUUGACGACAUCGACCUGUUUAUGGGCGGCAUUCAUGAGAAGCCGGUUAAGGAGGGUAUCCUCGGACCAGUGUUUGCCUGUAUUGUCGCCGAACAGUUCAGACGAUCUAAAGAGGGCGACCGUUUCUGGUUUGAAAACUUUGGUUUCAGUCACUCGUUCACUGAAGCACAAAUAUAUGAGAUCCGAAAAGUGAGUCUAACGAGCAUUAUAUGUGCGAAUGGCGAUGACGUCCAAUACUUCCAGCCCUUAGCACUCGUGCAGCCUAUUAAUGGGUAA